AUGGGAGCUCAUGUCCAUCUACUGCGAGUCUUCUCUGCAGGUCCAGGUGGCGGCAAUCUUCUUCCAGUCGUGUUGAACGCCCAGGGCAUGUCGAACGCAGAAAUGCAAGCAGUUGCCGCAAGCCAUAAGCACGAGAGCGGGUUCGUCUUCCCCGCACCGGCAGAUUCGCACUACGACUAUGAAUUUCGUUUCUGGGUCCCCGCCCACGAAAUGGAGAUGUGCGGCCAUGCAACAAUUGGAACCGUCUGGCUAAUGUCAAAGCUUGAAAUGCUCGAACGGGGCCAGGUUCGCAUCUUGACCAAGAGCGGUCUUAUCGAAGCAAAGGUCUCGCAUGUUCCAGGCGACACAGACGACACAAAGGAUGGGAUAUGGGUUGAAAUAUCGCAGCCUGCAUGCACGGUAAUGGAUCGUAUGGAAGACGAUUACAUCAAUGAGAUUGUGUCUGUUUUGGGGGUUUCAAAAGAUGAUUUGUACCCUGGACUAUAUAUCCAGAAUGCCGCCACGAGCAGGGUGAAGACGCUGGUCCCGCUCAAGUCGGUUUCUUUGCUGAACUCUCUGGAGCCACAGUUCUCCCGGAUAGAGACGCUCUGUGAGAAGAUUGAUAGCACCGGUCUGUAUCCAUAUGCUGUUUCCAAUCUCAAACUACAGGAGUUUGAAGCGAGGCAAUUUCCCAAAGCCUCCGGAUACCGCGAGGAUGCUGCAACUGGAAUCGCAGCAUCUGCUUUGGCCUUUGGGCUUCUAAUGAAUGGUCAGGUGAAUAGCACGGAUCGGAAUGUCAAGAUUAAGCAGGGUUCGGCCAUGGGCCAUCCAUCUGAGAUCAGUGUCAGGUUUAGGAAAUGGGGUGAUGAAGUUAAUGGCUGUUGGAUUGGAGGCAGUGCCGGGUUCGAGACUGCAGAGAAACCACUAUGA